AUGUAAACUUUGAUAGAACAUCUGCUUGCUUUUUCACAUAUAAAAUAUAAUUUAACUAAUUUUGCAUUAGAUUUUUCAUUAAAAAUUUAUAUAAAAAAAGGUAAUUUUCCAUUAAAAUAUAAUAGAUAAACUUUACACUUAGGUUAUUUUGAAUCCUGUUAUCAUAUCAAAUAAACCUUAAAUUAUAUUAUACAUUAAUGAUUUAACUGAAGAACCAUUCAUAAUAUAAUUAUAAUAAUAUCUAAAAAAUAGUGAUGAUGUUAUUUAAACUAUUUCACAAAAGAUGAAAGAACCUUUGAAUUGUACAUUAUCAAUGUUAGAAUUAGUAUAAGUAAUACAUUAAUAUUAAUCUAAAAUAGAAAGAAGUUAGUUAAGAUUUAUAAACUAAAUAUAUUGAUCCAGCAUUAGCAGGAUGUAAACUUUUAAUUAGUACAGCAAAUGACUUUUAAGAUUAUGUUACAUUGCAUAAAAAAACUAAAUUAGAUAGAAAUUUAAUGGAUAUUCAUACUAGAGAAUUUGUUUCAGAUUGUUUAAAUAUUAUUAAAGCAUAAGCUUUAUUUAGAGGAUUAAAUAUGCAAGUACAUAUUAAAUAAAAUGUUCCUAUGUUUUUAAGAACUGAUCCUAAUAGAGUUAGAUAAAUUGUAUUAAAUUUAUUAAGUAUUAAUAUGUGUUAUUUUAAUAGUCAAAUCUAUUCAGGUUACUAUCAAUGGUAGUAUAGAGAUUUCUUGUUAAAAAUCACCUUUAUUAACUGAUCAUAUUGAAAUUAUCAUAAAAGUUAUGGCUCAAAAUGUAAAUGAAGGCAUUCUAGAUAGUAUUGAAUAAACACUUAAGCAUUUAAAAUAAUAGACUUUAGUUAGUAAAUAAGUUAUAGAUAUUGUUGCAACUUCAAAAUAAUAUUCUUUUUCUAUAAUUACAGCAUUCUAUAUAUCAAUGGCUGUAGCUAUUAUGCCUUUUGAAUUUAAUUCAAUAAAAACUGAAGAAGGUACUUAGUUUUAUUUUAUUUUAUUGAUUAAAAAUGAAAAUCCCAAUUUUAAUAAAUAACUAACAUAAAAAAGAUAAUCUGCAUUGGUUGCUAAUAAGUCUCAAUUUCAUUAAGUUUUUGGUUAGAGUAGUCAAUUUAAAAGACAUUAAUCAUAAAGAUUAACAGAAAUAAGUAGAAUUUAAGUAUAAGAGAAACUCAAAAAAAUGAAAAGAGAAUCUUAAGAAGAGACUGUAUCUGGUAAAAUGGAUCCUUAAUUACCUUAAUUUGGUUAAUCUGAAUUAUCUGAUAAUCAAUAACCUUGUAAAUCUUACUCUGUUUCUUAAAUCUCUGAAUAAGAUGAUUCAUAAUAAAGUUCAUCAUCAGCAGAUUCAAAAGAUGAAAUGAAUAAAAUUGAAUGUGAUGGUGAUAUAUAAUCUAGUAAAUCAAGUCUUUAAAUAAACGAUAAAAUAGAGAAAAUAGAAAAACAAUAAAAACCUUCUUAAUUUCUUGAAACUAUUAUUCGUGUUAAAGAACCAAAAGCAAGAAAGAUUUCAGUUAGUAUUAUCUAAUCAAGAUUAAGUCCUUAAGUCUCAUAAUAACUUUCAUCAAAAUAAAGAGAUUCAUUAUUAACUUUUGGAGGACGUUCAUCUGUAUAUUCUUCAAUGAGAGUAUCAUCAGUAAAUCUAGGACCAAAUGAAUUAUUAGAUUGUUUUGAAAAGAUGGAAAGAAUAAAAUAAUAGUAAUUUGUUUACAAAUGUUAAGUAAAUUAUAUUAAUUUAUAUUUUAGUGUCCAAAGAUAUUGAUUUGUGAAUAGAAUGAUUUUGAUUUAUAUGCAAUAUCCCAUUAACUAAGUAAUCUAAAGAUUCCAUACAUUUAUACAAUGUAGAGAAUGCAUAUUGUAGAUUAAUUAAGAAAGUAAUUUUCACAAUUUAAAACUUGUUGUAAAGGAUAUCAUAUAAUAUUUGUUGGAGUUGAAUUUGUGAAUGAAUAAUUUAGUACAGAUUGUGCUAACAUAAAGGCAGUAUUAACAGAAUAUUAAAAAGAUACAAGACUAAUUGGAUUAAUUGGAUUUUAAGAUGAAGAUAGCAAACUUGCAAUAAAAAAAUUACCUUUUCAUGAUUGUUUGUAAAAACCUAUAAUGAUUGAUGCUUUGCUAUUUAUUUUAGCUAAAUGGGUCAAAUUGUGA